UUUUUGCACGCCAUAUUACGACUAGAUUCGAAAGAGUUUGGUGGCAAAACAACCGAAAAACAUCGUUUUUAACCUACCUUCCAAAUUAGUAGUGAGCUGUGUACUUGUGCUCAGCUCUAGACUUUUUAACAAGGCGUAAAAUUUACUCGUUCAGUCAAGAAAGAAGCUAAAUAAGCUAGUUCAAAGAAACUCUUUUCCAAAACAGUUCUUGUUGUAGAAAAUGUCGUUUGCUUUUGGUGGUGCUUAUCAAUUGACAAAUAACUCGAACCAAGAGAUUCAAGUUAAUAAUACCUUCAAGAAAGCCAGGUUAGAAGAUGGACAAGUAAAGGUAACGAAACGUGCUGCUUUGGGGACCAUUACCAACAACGUGCAAGUCCGUGUGCAGCCUCACCGAGCGGCAAAGGCUGCAUUAAGUUCUGUGAAUGGCGGUCCUGGGUUGAAGAAUGACGAAAACGCUUACUGCCGUGAUGCCAAAUCUGCGUUCACCAUCCCUCAAAAUUCCAUGCAAAACUUCUCAAUCCACGUCGAUGAUGAACCAAAAGUUUCUAAAGCCCAAGAAAAUGCAGUCUAUGAUCUACAGGAAGAUGUUUUGAACCCUGCAGUUACUAGCUUGUCAAGACCUGCUCUGACGAAUGUCUUCGUCGCCAACAGAGCUUGUGAAGAUUCGCCUAUGGUGAUUGACUCGGAUGUAAGCAGCGAAGAUGAAGAAUUUGAAAACUUGAACGAGAAGCAAACCGCUCUCGAAAAGAUCGAAUCAAAUGCUGACCCGGUCCUCGAAGUCCCAGAAUAUGCUCAAGACAUCUUCAAAUACCUUAAAAAUGCCGAGCAAAAAACUCGAGCUAAUCCUGCAUAUAUGGGAAAGCAAGAUGAUAUUAACAGCAGUAUGAGAGCCAUUUUGGUGGACUGGCUGGUUGAGGUUGGCGAAGAGUACAAGCUCCUACCACAGACCUUGUAUCUGACUGUCAGUUACAUUGACAGAUUUCUGUCAGCUAUGCGUGUAGUGAGAGGCAAACUACAGCUGGUUGGGACUGCUUGUAUGCUUCUGGCUUCCAAAUUUGAAGAAAUUUAUCCACCUGAAGUUUCAGAGUUUGUUUACAUCACAGAUGACACAUACACUGCUAAACAGGUGUUAAAGAUGGAACAGCUUGUCCUAAAAGUCCUGACUUUUGACUUGUCAGUGCCCACAAUUUUGAAUUUUCUAGAGCGAUUCUUAAAAGCUACACAAACACCUGACAACAUGRCUCCAAAAGUAGAAUCUCUGGCAAGAUACCUUUGCGAGAUGUCAUUACUGGACUGUGACCCAUUCGUGAAAUAUCUGCCAUCAACAAUUGCAGCAUCUGCUGUUGUACUUUCACUACACACUCUAGGACUACCAUUCUGGAAUGACACCUUAAGCCACUACACUGGACUCGAAUUCCAUCAACUGCAAUCUUGCAUUCAAGACCUACACAGGGUUUUUGCUCAUGCACCAAAACGUCAACAACAGGCAAUAAGAGAAAAGUACAAGAGUUCAAAGUACCACAGUGUGUCAAACCUGUCACCCCCAGAACUCUUGCCCAUGGUCUGAAAAUGAAAAUCUCAACAAAUUAUACAAGGAACUGG